UUUCCGACGGGAGCAGCACAGCCACCAAUGGGAGGAGCACCUCUGCUGAAUGCGCCAUCAUCAUCGACGGGAGUAGCACAGCCAUCAAUGGGGGGAGCACCAGUGCUGAGUGCACCAUCAUCAUCACUACUUAACGCAGUAUCAUCCCCCAUGGCAGGAUCUCGCCCUCCAUCAAAUCCAUACAGACCUAACACUUAUCAAAGAAGUCCAUUCUCGCAGAGCCAGCAGUCAUCCUUUGGAUCCAACCCUUUCCAGCCUCCAUCCAGCCCAUGGGGACAGCCUUCGUUUGGUUCAUACACGAAUGGCGGGCCUCUGGAUCAGUUCUCUGGCUCCGGGAACCGGAUGGGACAAAUGAGUCAGAUGGGCCAGUUUGGACAAAGGAACCGUUAUAAUCCAUACACUGGCUACCGACCACAACGCCAGCGACAGCAACAACAACAGCAACAGCAACAACAACCUCAAAUACCCUUCCCUUUACUGUUCUCCUUGUUAGGAGGCGGAGGAGGAGAGGGGGGACUCGGAACGCUGUUGUACCUGAAUGCAAUGGGUCAAGGCCAAGGACAAGGACAAGGUCAACAGAUGCCAUUUCCCCUGAUGAUGUCCAUGAUGGGAGGCGGUGGUGGGGAGAUCUCGCCGUUGAUGUACAUGAUGGGGAGCCAGUCGUCGCAGAUGAUGCAGAAUCCGGUGCUGAUGAGUUUCCUCUUCCGGUCUCUACUUGGUUGAUGACGUACACUGAGCUGCACUUGAGCGACGUUUCGCAUGCCUGUUCCGGGACGUCCCAGUACAAGGCAUUGUCCUGCAUUCACACAUGCAUUUCAUCGUGGCAACCUGUGUGUCAUACUUUCAGCCAUUUCAUCGGUUCAUACCAUACUUGCAUU